AUGGGCAAGGCUAUCGGAAUUGAUCUUGGUACCACUUACUCCUGCGUUGGUGUUUGGCAGAACGACCGCGUUGAGAUUAUUGCCAACGACCAGGGCAACCGCACCACCCCCUCGUACGUUGGUUUCACCGACAGCGAGCGUCUGAUCGGAGAUGCCGCAAAGAACCAGGUCGCCAUGAACCCCCACAACACCGUCUUCGACGCCAAGCGCCUCAUCGGCCGUCGCUUCGAAGACGCCGAAGUGCAGUCUGACAUGAAGCACUGGCCCUUCAAGAUUAUCCCCAAGGAGGGCAAGCCCAUCAUCCAGAUUGAGUUCAAGGGUGAGACCAAGACCUUCACCCCCGAGGAGAUCUCCUCGAUGGUUUUGAUCAAGAUGCGCGAGACCGCCGAGGCCUUCCUGGGCGACGCCGUCAAGGAUGCCGUUAUCACCGUGCCCGCGUACUUCAAUGACUCGCAGCGCCAGGCUACCAAGGAUGCCGGUCUGAUUUCGGGCCUCAACGUCCUGCGUAUCAUCAACGAGCCCACCGCCGCCGCCAUCGCCUACGGUCUUGACAAGAAGUCCGAAGGUGAGAAGAACGUCCUUAUCUUCGAUCUCGGAGGAGGAACCUUCGAUGUCUCCCUGCUGUCCAUCGAGGACGGUAUUUUCGAGGUCAAGGCUACCGCCGGUGACACUCACCUUGGUGGUGAGGAUUUCGACAACCGUCUGGUCAACCACUUCACCCAGGAGUUCAAGCGCAAGUUCAAGAAGGACAUGACCGGCAAUGCCCGUGCUAUGCGCCGUCUGCGCACUGCCUGCGAGCGCGCCAAGCGCACUCUCUCGUCGUCUGCCCAGACCUCUAUCGAGAUUGACUCGCUGUUCGAGGGUACUGAUUUCUACACCUCGAUUACCCGUGCCCGCUUCGAGGAGCUGUGCGCGGACCUGUUCCGCUCCACCGUCGACCCCGUUGACAAGGUUCUGCGCGACUCGAAGAUCGAGAAGAGCCAGGUUUCGGAGAUUGUCCUGGUUGGUGGCUCCACUCGUAUCCCCAAGGUUCAGAAGCUCAUUUCGGACUACUUCAGCGGCAAGGAGCUCGACAAGUCGAUCAACCCCGACGAGGCUGUCGCCUACGGUGCCGCCGUCCAGGCUGCCAUUCUUUCCGGUGAUACUUCGGAGAAGACCCAGGAUCUGCUGCUCCUCGAUGUCGCUCCCCUGUCUCUCGGUAUCGAGACCGCCGGUGGUGUCAUGACUGCCCUGAUCAAGCGUAACACUACUGUGCCGACCAAGAAGUCCGAGGUCUUCUCAACCUACAGCGACAACCAGCCCGCGGUUUCCAUCCAGGUCUUCGAGGGUGAGCGCACCCGCACCAAGGAUAACAACCUCCUGGGUAAGUUCGACCUUACCGGUAUUGCCCCCGCCCCCCGCGGUGUGCCCCAGAUUGAGGUCUCCUUUGAUGUCGAUGCCAACGGUAUCCUGAACGUCAGCGCCGUCGACAAGGCUUCGGGCAAGUCCAACAAGAUCACCAUCACCAACGACAAGGGCCGCCUGACCAAGGAGGACAUUGAGCGCAUGGUUGCUGAUGCCGAGAAGUACAAGGCCGAGGACGAGGCUGUCGCUGCUCGCAUCACCGCGCGUAACGGCCUCGAGUCCUACGCUUACAACCUUAAGAACACCCUGAACGACGCCAAGGUCGCUGAUCAGCUGGAUGCUGCCGAUAAGGAGAAGCUGACCAAGGCCGUUGAGGAUGCUAUUAAGUGGCUGGAGGAGUCCUCGGAGGCCUCGAAGGAGGAGUAUGAGGGUCGCCAGAAGGAGCUCGAGGAGAUCGCUAACCCGAUCAUCUCCGGCAUGUACCAGAAGGCUGGUGGUGCCCCUGGUGGCGCUCCUGGCGGUUUCCCUCCCAGCGGUGGUGAGGCCCCCGGCGCCAGCGGCGACCAGGGACCUACCAUUGAGGAGGUCGACUAA